AUGGCGAGUCAGAUUGAAGCAAUUCCCGGGACGGUCCACCUUGUGGAUGCGCAGGGAAAUAUGCAGUCUCAGCACGCAAAAGGCGCAGAUCACGAUGUCGUACUCGUGCCAGUCCCAUCAUCCCACCCAGAUGACCCCUUGAACUGGUCUCUGCGACGAAAAUACCUCUCCGCUUUUUGCAUGUCGGCUUAUGUCCUCGUUAUUGGCAUCUGUUCUUCUGCCCUUUACUCCACCUUGGGUCCCUUGUCAGACGCCACUGGUCUGACGUACAAUGAUCUUAACUCCGGAACUGGUUACAUGUUUCUCUUCUUUGGGUGGGGAUGCAUACUCUGGCAGGCUAUCGGUAUCCAAUACGGAAAGAGGCCCGUCUACCUCUUGACGACAGCCGGCACACUGGGCGUCAUGUUGUGGCAACCGCACGUCCGAUCUAACGGAGAGUGGAUCGCGACCAAGAUCUUACAGGGCAUUUUCGGUGCUCCUAUUGAGUCGUUAGCAGAGAUUACUGUCUCUGACGUGUUUUUCACCCAUGAGCGAGGAAAGUUCAUUGCACUCUACGCCCUCGCGCUUGGCUACAGCAACGGAAUCGCACCUUUAAUCAUGGGCUUCAUCAAUGACGGACAAGGGUACAAGUGGGUGUUUUAUUGGUGUGCUAUCUUCUGCGCAGUGUUACUGCUUAUCAUCUUUUUCUUUAUGGAGGAAACCAAAUUCGACCGCGCCAAGUAUAUGACUAGUCAUCACAUCGAAGGUCGACCUCUAUCCGGCAUAAACCAGUCACCAUCCAACCUUGAUAACAAAGACGACAAGGAGAGCCCGAAAAAUACGAACCCGGAUAAUAUUCUCGCAGCUACUCCAUCCUUCCCCGGAAAUAAUCUCCAAACCGACCAAGGCGGUAUUGAUCUCGAGUUGACAAAGAAGUCCCGAUUUGCUAGGCUCAAACCCAUCGAGUCCCAGAAUCUACGUGGUGAUAACCGACUUCUAAGGCUGAUUGGCCGCCCCAUCUUGUUGUUGUUAUUUCCCAUAAUAUUUUACGCUGGGUUUAUAUACGGCUGCAACAUCGUUUGGCUCUCGGUUCUGAACGCAACCGAGUCCAUGGUCUUGUCCAACCCCCCAUACAGCAUGUCCACUUCAACGGUGGGCUUGACGUUCAUCUCCCCCUUAGUUGGGACCACUCUUGCAUGCGUGUAUACUGGAAUCUUUGGUGACCGGUUUAUAAUUAAAAUGGCACGCCGAAACAACGGUUUCAUGGAGGCAGAACAUCGGCUAUGGCUGUUCUUGCCCUCGCUCUUACUCAUCCCGGCUGGCUGCAUCUUGUUCGGCGUUGGAGCAUACCAUCAGGUGCACUGGUUUGGCCUCGUAUUUGCCAUGGGCAUCAUCUCCUUCACUACGACCGCCGGAUCACAAAUAUCGAUUGCAUAUUGCAUUGAUUGUUACCGCGACUUGGCGAGUGAGGCUCUGGCCACGGCAAUCAUUAUCCGCAACACCAUGUCAUUUGGCAUUGGAUAUGGUGUGACUCCGUGGGUGGUCAACUUAGGCUUUCAAAACGCGUUUAUUCUUGGAGCCUUUGCAGGGCUUGCCCACAACUUGACUAUAUUUGUUGUUAUGAAAUGGGGCCGGGCGUUGAGACAACGAAGCGCGGAGAAGUAUUGGAAAACGGUCAAAGAAGGUGCUGAUCUGGACGUCAACCACUAA